AUGGAAAUUCUCCCGCCGUCAACUACCCGUCAGCCGGCUAUUCCGGGCCGGCCGGAGCAAUCAGAGGAGUACGCAUGGGUUCCAGGUCUAAUCGACGCGGCGACGAUCGAGAAGCUCGAGCGCGUAGGUAUGACAUGGGGCCCUCUGACCGGCCUCCCGUGGGGAGCUCCCAUCCCUCUGCUUCUCCUAACAGCCUUCUGCACCACUCUGCACCGAUACAACCCCAGGCGGAGGGAUUUCCCCGUGGGAGUGUCGUUCGGGUGGUAUAUACUGCAGGCGGAAGACGUGGACGAUGAGCCGCCACCGGCGGACGCGCACAAGGGCGGGGGAGGGGGAGGGGGAGGGGGAGGAAGAGGCGGGGGAAGGGGGCACGGUGACGCUGGCGCUGGCGGCCACCGGCAGUCGCUUUUCUCCGAUAGUGAGGUCUCCGAUUCCGAGUUCGAGUCGUCCCGCCAGGCCACGCGGUUGUCCGCGAUCGGCGGCGGCGGCGGCGGGGCCGGAGGAGGAGGCGGUGCGGGAGGAGCGCUAGCAGCGGUGGCGCGCGCGGCGUACCAGUCAUCCGCAGGUCCGGGCGGGGGCGUGGGAGCAGGCAAGGGAGGAACCAUCCCGCAGGGAAUGCGGCCAGGCGGACUAGCCACAGGACUCCUUUCCACCAUGGUUGGCGCAAUGGCUGGGGGAGGGGCAAAACCCGUAGCAGCAGGCGCAGGCGCAGGAGCAGCUUCCGCGAAACCCGCGGGCGGCGGGCUGAUGCGGCUGUGGCAGGGGGGGAAGCUGUACGACGCGCCGCCGUCGGGGCAGGAUCUUAGGGUUAGCUGGCGCGCUAACGGGCUGUUUCACGACACUAUAUCGGACGCGAUGAGCUCCAUAACGAGUUUUUCCGCCGUAGGAGAGGAGGACGAGGAUCAACUACUGGUGGUGAACGUGGAAAUGGAUAACUUACCCGCGCGCGCCCUGCAAGCGGACAACCUACUCCCCCCUUCCGCGCUCCCCCCUGCUGCUGCGCCCCCAGGCGCGGUUCCGCGCCAGGGCAGUCUGGGGGCGGCGGGUUUGCCGUCCAUGGGGUUGGCGAAACAGCACAGUCUCAAAUCGGACCCGGGAACCGUGUCAGGGGCGGGCGCAUCCGGGGCGGGCGUAUCUGGGGUAGGUGCAUCCGGGGCGGGUUGUUCCGACAGGGACGUGACUUUGCUUGAGAUGCUGGCGCACGUGGGAUCGCGGCUGUUUGAAGCGGUAGGAAGCGCGGAAGAAGGGGGAGGCGCAUCCGGGGUAGGUCACAGCGGUGGGUUAGAUAACCCUACGAGAGACCACAGCGGCAGUUUGGCAAGGUCGUUAGGUGGGGGGCCGGGGGAGGGGCGGAGUGUGCGGGCGGGGGGGAGGGGCGUGUCUGGGGAUGGCAUGUCUGAUGUGGAUAGAGAGAGCGUGGGGCGGGGGACGGCUAGAUCAGCGUCAACAGCAAGGAGUAGGGUGGCUGCUGCCAGUGCAGCUGCAGUUGCGAAAGGGUUUCCGGCCUUUUUCAAAUAUUUCGCGUAUGGGAUUGAUAGGCAGACGAUUGAAGAGGAAGGGGAGGAUAUACCGUCGUGCGGGCUGGCAGGGUUGUUUGUCCCCGGGUCGAAAAAGAAAGCGGUGCUGAUUCGGUGGCGGUAUGAUGUGUCUAAAUACGAUGAAUCUACCGUGGCGAGGCUGAGCGCGAAUUUUUGUUUUCUGGUGGAGCGGAUUGCGUCUCUGCCGUCGAUCGAGGCGCUGCCGAUUUAUUACCUGCCCGUGCUGACCGACGCGGAAAGAGAGCAGCUAGAGGACAAAUUUUCCGGGCGGCUGGUGCCGCAUGCGUUUUGGCAUGAGGAGGAAGAAGGGAGGAAGCUUCUGCUGGAUGUUGGGGGGUAUAGGGAUGGGAGGGGGGUGGGUUCUAGCGCCAGAGGGGGGGCAGCUGGCGGAGCAAGGGCAGGCGGAGGCGGAGGCGCAGGGGGAGGGGGGGGCGCGGGGGGAGCAGGGGCAGCGGGCAGUGUGGUGACAUCAGGAUUCGACACGGUGACAGAUCUGUCGGAUGCGGCGCCAGGGAGUGUGGGCAGGGGGGCGAGGAGCAGGGGCCGGGGCCUGAAUGUGCGCGAUCGCACCCUGGUGGAUCUGUUUGAACGGCAGGUGAAGGUGAAUCCUGCUGCCACUGCGCUGCUGCUGCUGCACCGGGGGAGAGGGCGCGGGGGCACGGGCGGAGGGGGGUCAUGGGGAGGUGGAGCGGGAGGAGGGGGGUCGUGGGGGGCUGGAGGAGGAGGAGAAAGAGGAGCGGGAGCGGGAGCAGGAGGAGGAGCAGGAGGAGGAGGAGGAGGAGGAGGAGGAGGAGGAGGAGGAGGAGGAGGAGGAGGAGGAGGAGGAGGAGGAGGAGGAGGAGGAGGAGGUGGUGGGGUGGAAGGGACGAAGGUGGUGGUGAGGGAAGCGGUUUCGUAUGUGCAGCUGCAUGCGCGUGCCCUGCUGAUCGCGAGGUUCGUUGCCAAGAAGCUUCCUCGCCCUGCUCUCAUCCCGGCGUCGCACCGGGGUAGCAGCCACAGCACCCCUGCCGCCACCCCCAAGGCCGCCUCCUCUGCUGCCGCCGCCGCUGCUGCUGCUGCUGCUACGGCCGCUGCUGCUGCUGCUGCUGCUGCUGCCAACGGCACGGGUGUUUCUGUUGGUUCCCCAACCGUUUCAGCAACGCCAGCAGCAGGAGGAGGGGCAGGAGCAGGGGCGAACAUAGCAGCAGCGGCAGCAGCAGCAGCAGCAGUGGGGGCAAGCCGUGCGAGACCAGAGGUGCAGCUAGUGGGGGUGUGUAUGGAGAGAGGGGUGGAUUGGGUAGCAGCUAUUCUUGGGAUUAUGAUGGCUGGACGGGCGUAUGUGCCUCUGGAUCCCUCCCUGCCACGUGGCAAGCUGGAGGAGAUUGUGGAGGAGUCCGGGAUCAUGCUCGUGCUGACGUCGCGCCACCUGGCGGAUGCGCUGAUGUGGAUGACUCCACGCUCGCCACGUGGCGCGGCCGCCACAUCAGCGUCAAGUCCGCGAGCGGCCAAUCAGGGAGGGCCAGAGGAGGUAGGUCAGAGGCAGGAUCAGCAGCAGGAGGAGCGGCGGCGGCGGCACCAUCUGUUGAAACACAAACGGGCUGGAAGCUCGGGAAGUUCAGGGAAGGCGGAAUCAAGAGGAGAGGCUGGUAUGAGCGACAGUAGAAUCAGCAUCAGCAGCGAUCGGAGGACUGGAGUGGCGAUUUUCUUCCCCAGCAGCAGCAGCAUGGGUGCCGCUGACAGCAAUCACAGCAGUUGUAUUUCAGGCGAGGGGCGUUGGGCGAGGGCGCUGCCUGUGUGGGCGGUAGAGGAGGUAAUCGAAGGGGAGGUGGAGGAGGAGAGGGCGGAGCGAGCGCUGCUGGGAGACUGGGGGCCUGGAGAUGAAGGGAUGACUGGUAGAGAUGCAGGAGCAGGAGGGGUAGGGCCUGGGGCUGGUGUGGGGGCGAGUGCAGGUGUGAGUGCAGGGAGUGCGGGAUUGGAUGUGCUGGUGGGGUUGAGACCGAGGGCGAGUGGGACGUGCUGUGUGGUGUAUCGAGAGAAUGAGGUGGGGCGCGUGCGGGGCGUGGUGUUGCAGCACCAAGGGGUGGUCAACAUGGUGCAUUGCUUUAGACACAGAUUGCCUGCCGAACACUCUGCUGCUGCUGCUGCUGCUGCUGCUGCUGCUGCUGCUGCUGGUUCGAAUCCUGCUCCUGCCACUGUUGCGCCUGCCACUGCGGCUACAGGUGCUACAGCUGCUACUGCUGCGGCGGCUGUAGCGGCGGCUACAGCGGCGGCGGCUGCUACAGCGGGAGCCGCUCCCCCUGUGGAUGUGAGGGCGCAGAUCUCCCCCGCGCACCUGCCAGCGCACCUCUUUGAGCUGUUCACAGCAUUCGAUGUCGGCGCCGCUGCUGCCAUCUGCCCCUCGCCCCUCGAACCCCAUUCGCCGCACAGCUCUGCUCCUUAUAACGAAUCUGCUUUUAGCGGAGCAGGAGGAGCAGGGGCUCUUGCUGCUGCUGCUGCUGCUGCUGCUCAUGAGUCUGCUGUGGUUCACGCACAGGCAUGUGCGGAACUUUCCUCAGAAGCUUCUCUCCUGGGUGUUUCUGGGCUGCUCACACUGCCAAGUGUCGCGAUGUGGUUGGAGCCCCGGUCGCUCCCGAGCCUGCGCUGGGUGGCCUUCUCAGGCGAGCCCGUACCUAGAGCUCUGGUUUGGCGCUGGCUCCGGGCCGGACGUGUGGUGGUAGAUAUUUACGGGGCUGUCGAGUGUUCCCUGGCCGCCACGUGUGCAGUCUGGCGGCCUGGCGACAGGGUGGCAGAUACAAUCGGCCGGCCACUGCCAGGUGUCCACGUGUACAUUCUCGGGCCAAACCUCGAGCUCCUCCCGAUCGGUGCGGGCGGCGAGGUGUGCAUUGCAGGGAUACACGUGGCGAGAGGGUAUUGGAAGAAGCACGGGGAGACGCGGCAGAGGUUCGUGAGCAACCCAUAUGGCAUGGGAGUUCACGACCGGAAGCUGUUUCGAACAGGAGACCGAGGGAGGUGGUUACCAGACGGGUGUGUGCAGUUUCUAGGGAGAUUAGAGCAGCAGGUGUAUAUCCGAGGGUUGUCUGUAGAGCCGGUGCAAAUAGAGGAAGCGGGGAGUAAGGUGGAUGGGGUGGCACGCUGUGUGGUGGCCUUCAGGGCGCAUGACCCUGGGAGACAGCCGUAUCUCGCUGCCUAUCUGCUGCUUAAGCCGUCGCUCGCAGCGGCUGCUGCUGCUGUGGCGGCUGCAGGAGAGGCAGGGGUGGGGGGAGGGGCUGGGGGGGAAGCAGGGGUAGGGGCAGGGGCGGGGAAAGGGACGGGGAAAGGCGGGGGGAAGGUGCAGACUCCAGCUCAGCAGCUACUGGCGUCACAGCAGUUAGCAGCUGUGAUUCCUAAGAAGGUCCGAGAGUAUUUCAGAUCCACCCUCCCUCCUCACGCUGUUCCCUCAGCUAUCCACGUGAUUCACCACCUCCCCUGGACCAAGUCGGGCAAGGCCGACCGCUCCCGCCUCCCUCUGCCGCCCGCGGACUCCUUUUUUGUCUCUUGUGACGAGGACGGGUCUGUGGGCGGCACGGGGUUGGGAGCGGGCGGCGGGGAUCCGUUAGAGACGGCGGAGGAGCGGGCAGUUGCGGUGAUAUUUGCCGAGGUGCUGCCCGGAGUCGAGGCGGGCAGGUUGCGGAGAAAUUCAAACUUUUUCGAGCUGGGCGGGAAUUUGUUUCUGGCAGCACAGGUGGUAACGAGGUUGGUUGAUUCUAUCGAGAGUUCUGUUAAGGAGGGUGGGAGCAAUGGGGGGGAUGGCGGCAGUGCUGCUGCUGCUGCUGCUGCCGCUGUGGCUGCUGGUGGUAGGGUGCAAGGAAAAGGAGGUGGAAAAGGGGAGGGGGGAGGAAAGGGCGGGAAAAGAGGGGGAAAAGGCAGCAGUGGGAGCAUGAGUUCAGCUCACACUGGGGACGCAGCAGCAGCAGCAGGUGUAGCGGGAGGAACAAGGGCAGAGUAUUACCGCGCAGGGCUGACGUUGAGAGACAUGUUCAGUGCGCCCACUGUCAUGGGCCUUGCUGCUGCCCUGCACCGCGCUGCUACUGCCGCUGCUGCUUCUGCUGCGGCUGCGGCUGCUGGUACUGGUUCUGGUGGUGGGGGAGGACUGGGCUUGAGUCUGGAUGAAGGGUCGGAAGACAGUGAUGGGGAGGAGGAGGGGCAGGCAGGCUCGGGGGAGAGGUUGCUGCGCCUGGCACCCUUCCCUUCAGCCGCUGCUGCUGCUGGCUCUGCGAGUGCUGCUGCUAGUGGUGCUGGUUCUGCAGCUGGUGGGGCAAGUGAGGGGGAUGGGGCGGGCGGAGUGGUGGGGGUGGCGCUGUCAGAGGCGCAGGUGCUGCUGUGGGUGGCGUAUCAUGCUCUGCCGCACCCGCAGCUGUUGGACGAGUGCCAUGUGUGGCGCCUGCAGGGACCAGUCAACUUCCCUCGCCUGCAACGGUCCCUACAAGCACUGGUGGUGCGCCAUGCAGCGCUGCGCUCGCGCUUCGUCGUCUUCUGGAAGACGGCAGAGAGUGUGUUGGAGUGUGUCACGCAGAUCCACACCCACCCCACACAUGGCCCUCCUUUUAAGCUCGCUCUGGUGGAUAUUUCCGGCGCAAAGUACUCCAAACGAAACAAGCUUAUAGCGGGGAUAAUCGCGGAGGCGAGACGGCCGUUUUUCCUGAGGACUCCGGAGGAGGCGGCAAUGCAGCUUACGGUGGGUGGGAGUGGGGGGGGUGGGGGGGAUGGAGGCAGUGGGGGUGGCAUGGGGGGGUUGGGAGUGAGUGGGGGAGGAGGAGGGAUGGGAGCAGCAGAAGCUGGGCUGUUAACAGGAAGAGGAGGAGGAGCCGCCGCGGCAGCUGCUGCUGCAGCAGCCGCAGCCAGAUUGGGUGCGGGAGCGGACAACGCAAGCGGCGGCGGCGGCGGUAGCAGCAGCAAGGUUGGAGAAACGGCAGCAGCAGCAGCAGCAGUAGCAGGGGAAGGGGAGAGCUUGUUUCGAGCGACGCUGAUCCGGCUGAGCGCCACGGAGCACUCUCUCGUGCUCGUGUGGAACCCUCUCAUCUUCGACGGCGUCUCCUCCUCGCUCUUCUACUCCGACCUCCUCCAGGUUUACAAGGCGGGCGGCUCGGCGGCAGACCUCCCCGCAGUCGCCAGCUACGCGGAUUUUGUCCUGUGGGAAAAGGACAAUCUGGCGAGUGCCGGGCACAAGGAGUGGGACCUGGGGUUCUGGAAGCAAGCAGUGGGUGUACCUCCCCCAAAACUACCUCCCCAGCUGCAACCCAAGGUAGACGAAAGCGGGAGCGAAGGAGGAGCGAGAACAGGCAGAGGAGGACGAGUAGCAGCAGCAGCAGGAGCAGGAGCAGGAGGGAAAGGAGGAAGAGCGGCGGCUGCGGCAGCAGCAGUGGCGGCAGGAGGGUUGGCCUUGGCGCUGCGCAAGGGGCAUGUGGAGGUAUUGAUAGCUGCAAGCACCCGGAGGCGGCUCGAAACCUACGCCUUCCACCGCGGCGCCACUCUCUCCAUGGCCCUCCAAACCGUUCUGCACGCCUUGCUACACCUCUGGACCCACCAGCACUCCGUCGCGAUUGCCGUCCCGGUCGCUAGGAGACAAAUCCUGCCGCUCCAGUCGGUGAUCGGGCGGUUUUCAGAUGUGCUACCCGUGGUGACGGAUAUGAGGAAGCAUCUGAGCCCUCCAUUGGUGGUGGCUGGACGGCUGAGAUCGUUUACUUCGUCGAUCAGCCGAGCAUCAUCGUGUGUCUCAUCUAGAUGCGUCUCCCCUUCUACUUCCCGCCAGUAUUCCGCGCUCUCUCCUCGCCUCUCUGCUUCCACUGCCGCUGCUGGAGCCGGUGGGCCAGGUUCGGGCUUCCGACCCUCCAGCCAUGGAGGCCGGAGCUCCGGAAAGGGAGAGGGGGAUAGGCCGGGGUCGGCAGGGGGGAGGGGAGGAGGAGGGGCAGUGGAGGGAGGCGGUGGGGGUUACUCUAGCAGCGGGGAUGACAGGGAAGACGGGGCAGCUUUGACAGCAGAGAGAAUAGGUGCUGCUGCUGGUGCCACUAGUUGCUUACGCCCUGGGUUGGCUGGGAGGAAGGGGGAUGGAAGGAGGGGAGGAGGAGGGGGAGGGGGAGGAGGAGGGGGCGGGGCGGGUGGGGGAGCAGGGAGGAAGCUGUGUCUGCCCAGCGAGGUGCAUGCUAUUGGGGAUACGGACUCCCCACCGCUGCCCUCCCCUCGCUCCUCCCCUGCUCCUGCUGCUGUAUCGGCUGUGGCUGCUGGAACUGGUGUGGCUGGUGGGACUGGUGCUCCUGCUGAUGCUGCUGCUGCUCUGAGACAAAUCGCGGCUGCUGAUGUUGAUGGGUCGAAGCAAGGGCAGCAGGGGCAGGAGUUUGUUCAGGGGAGUGGGGGUGUAGGGGUUGGCACUGACGUGCUCUCACUCGCUGCGGCUGCUGUUGCUGCAGGGAAGAGGGGGAGGCGUGGGGAGGAGAGUCGGCCUGGUGGGGGGAGUGGGUUGGUGCAAGGAAAGCAAGCUGGACUGAUGAAAGGGAAAGGGGCGGAUGGGGAAGGAGGAGGGAAGGGGGAGACGAUGGGUGGGGGCAAGGGAGGUGGGGAGAUGUGCAACGAUCAGUGGAUGUCGGAGGGUGUGUCGUUUGAGCAACUGCUGUUCCAAGUGCGAGAGCACAUGCUGCAAGCCCUGCAGCACCAAUCCAUCUCUCUCCGUCUGCUCGCCUCAGCACUGCACCCCACCGCUCCCGACCCCUUCACCUCCCCCUUUGCCCUCGCAUCCUUCGCCCUCACACACCCGGGAACCGACUCUCCCCCGAACCUGCUCCCUUUGGAGGACUCCCUAGAGGAUGCAGUGUCUCGAAACAUAGCAGAGGUGCUAGCGAGGCAGAUAGAGCGGCUGGCAGAGGCAGCAGUGGAGUCACCUCGGCCCUUGCUGCUGGAUGAACCCUCUGCCAGGGCGCUGAAGCAGGCGCGGAGGCGCGGGGCGGGUGGGGAUGGGGGGAAAGGGAGUGGCGGAGGGGGUGGGGGAGGGGGAGGGGGAGGGGGAGGGGGUGGGGGAGGGGGAGGGGGAGGGGGAAUGGUGGGGCCGAUUGGAUGCAUGCCGUUGUGUAUAGGGCGGGAUAGGCGGGUGUUGGUGACGCAAGGGUCGUCGGAUUCAGAUGAGUCUGAUGUGAGCGUUUGA